AUGAGUAUGGAUAUGGAGAAUAUGUCACCACGGCACAAGCUAAACCAAGAGUGGGUAUGGUGGUUUGACUGCCAAGAUAAAAAAUAUACAAAUAAUGACAAUUGGAGCGACUGUUUACAAAAACUAGGGACUGUUUCGGAUAUAGAGGUGUUCUGGAGUACAUUAAAAGAAAUCGGUGAUUUAUGUGUAUUGCCCACUAGCUCAAAUCUUCAUUUUUUCAGAACUGGGAUAGAGCCUAUGUGGGAAGACCCACGCAAUGCAUCUGGUGGCAAGUGGGUUCUAGAACUAUCCUUUGGAACAAACCCAAACCAAAUAUGGGCAAACACUUUACUUUUCUGUCUUUCUGAGUCUGUUAUGGUGAGAUCUGCAGAUGGCGUUCUAAAGGAUUCUAUGGUCUCAGAGGCAGCAAUAGAUAAAAGCUAUUCAAAUGCUAUUUGUGGUGCAGUUUUCUCUCCACGUAAGAACUACGUAAGGAUAAGCAUAUGGACAAGCAUAAAGGACAAGAAGGUUAUGCGAAUAGGUGAGUUAUGGAGGGCGUUUGCAGAAAUACCAGAGUCAUCUAAACUUAUUUUUAAAGCACACGAAAAUGCACUUAAAGGAUCAAGGGAUUCCUCCACGGAUGUCUUUUCUUUAUAAGGGCUUGUUAGAAUAAAUUCAGCACAGUUCAUAGAAGUGGUAUGAUUGGCAUGGAAGUGCAAUAUAUAGAUGAACGAAUAGGGAAU